UUCUUAUUAUUUAACCUAAUCCUCUCAAAAGACUUCACAACAGAAAAACUCUCAAAAAACCUAGCUGGAGAUUAAAAACCAGAGCAAUGUCUAAGGCUUAUGAAGAAGAAGAAGAAGAAGAUGACAGAAUAUCAGAUAAACCAGACCAUAUUCUAAAUCACAUAGUCGCAUUCUUGCCCUCCAUUAGGGAAGUAAUUCGAAUGAGCCCAGUCUGCAAACGCUGGAGAAGUUUGUCACUUAGUGUUCCUUUCUUGGAAGAGUUAAUGGAGUUGGAGAAGUAUUUGAACAGCCAAUGGAUGAUGAGCUCGCGCUCGGUAUUCAUAUAGCAUUAACAAUGCUAAAUUUAAGCUUCAUAUACAUGAUCAUCCAGGUAGUUAUGAAGAGGGUAUUACAGAUCGUUUCUUAAUUUCUGUCCUUGAAAUUUCAAAAAUUACUUUGAAGGAGUUUGAUCUUUGUUUAAUACCCUCUUGCAAUUACUCUCGCAAUGGAUGGUUUUUUACGAGUGCUUUUCCAUACCAUUGCUUACCCAUCUCAGUUUCCUUAACAACCCUUAAGCUCAAAGGUAUAAGAUUGAGGACGGAUUUUUCUAUCUACUUUCCAUCUUUAACAAAUCUCUGUUUGAAUGAUGUGGAGUUUGUGGAAAAUUAUGAGGAAGAUGUUGUGGAAUAUCAUCCUGGAACAAAAUUUCCCGUGGAAUAUCAUCGUGGAACAAAAUUUCCUUUCAUUUUUCCCACUUUGAAAAGUAUGUCUUUGACUCAUAUAGAAUUUAAAGAGGGAACCCUUCAAAAACUAAUUUCUGGAUGCCCUUUUAUUGAGGAUUUGGAAUCUAUGAAACUUACCCCUUUAAUUUUUCUGGUUUGGAUCUUACUGUUUGUAGAGAACUUAGAAGUCUUUCAUUUGGAUUCAACAGAUUUACUGACCAAUGGUUGCAACACCUUAUUUCUAGACUUCCUCUUAUUGAGAAAUUGACUCUGAAAUUAUGUCAUGGCCUGAAAAGAUUCAACAUUCAUAGUCAAAGGCUAAAAUACUUGUGUUGUACUCAUCCUUUCUCUGAUAUAAAUGCCACACUUUAUACGCCUAAUUUACUCUACUUUGGAUAUGAAUGCGGCAAAAUGGAUUUGAUUUUUCGAAUCAACUCCUUUAAUCACCUGUUAGAAGCAAGCCUCAAGCUUAAUUCUCCCUGUCAACCUCCUUGUUGCUCUGGUGACUUUGAUGAAUCAAGGUAUUCUGAUAUGUGGUAUUCUCAUUUAUUAAAGCUGCUGGCAAAUCUUAACUGCUCCAACACAUUGAGUUUGAAUGCUCCAUCAGAAAAGGCUCUACAGAUUCCCAAAAAUAUGAGGGAAAUCUCACCAUUGGCUUAUUCGAAGCACUUGAAGUUGAAGAUACAUAAUUCUUCUGGUAGCAUAAACUCAGAAUUGAGGGAUGCUUUGAGUUGGUUUGCACCCUCUCUGGAGACUCUUGAAAUAGAUUAUUGCUAAAAUAUUACUUCGCUGUAAGAUUUGGAAAUAUAAUUUUUUAUUUUCUAUUUUAACAUUAUCUCAACUGAUCAUAAACUCUUACU